ACCAGUUUUCGUUGGGCGAUCACUUGAAACGGUUGUUUCCAGUAUUUUUUGUGUGUGUAAAUUUGACGUUUUGUGUCUGAGAAAAAAUAUAAAAAAUUGAAUGAAAAAAUUUCCUCUCUCUCGCGGCCAAUAUAUUGCAUAAAUACAUUUUGUGUUUUGAUUUAUACUUUUUUGUUAUCAUUUCUAUUUUCUCUUUUUACAAUAAAACAAAUUGAUCCACAUUGCAGUACUGCAACAAAAGUGCAAAAGCAAAAAUAAAUAUAUGUAACUUUAAAAUAGCGUGACAUUCCCUGGGCAAAGCAACAACAACAAAAAUAGCUGAGAAAUAAAAAGAACCUUUUUUUUCCUUUUUUUUGUACUUAUUUUUUGUUUCUUUAUAUUUUCUUUAGUUUUGUUUUAAACUUUUCUUCGUAUAAAAUCGAACGAGGGUGGCAGUAAAUUAAAGUCACUUACCGACCGACCGACGACCGUUGUCACCACACUUUUCUAUUAUAUUUCCAAGAAAUUAGUUUGCCCCUCUUCCUUCACCAGUUUGUUUAAAGUGCAAUCAUUUCAUCGAAAUUUAAUUGAUAAUCAAUUUUUAAUUCAGUCUUCAAUGUGAUAUCAUUUCAAAAGAAAAGUUUACUGUAGUUUUUUUUUCUCUGAAAAUAUAACAAAAAAAAAAAACGUGAUCUUUUUGUAAAAACUUGAUUUAAUCUCUACUCGAAAAGAGCUAACAUUAUGGCGGCGAAUGAAGUAAUAAAUAAUAAUUCCCUGCACUAUUUUGAGGGGGUGGAGAAAUUGCUAGAAAUUUGGUUUGCACCAAAUCCACAAAAUAAUAAUGCUGAUUUGAGGAAAAUUCGAAGACCAAUGUGGGAUGCCCUCUUAAAAUCGGUUCGUUGUGAAAUAAUUAGCUUCUCGCGCAAUGAUCAAAUUGAUGCUUAUGUUUUAAGCGAGAGCAGCAUGUUUGUUUCCAAACGUCGUUGGAUAUUGAAGACUUGUGGCAAUACAACUCCAUUGCAAUGUCUUGAACCACUUUUAGAGAUGGCCGAAGAAAUUGGUUAUACUGAUGUGGAAGAUCUUUUUUACUCGAGAAAGAAUUUCAAACGUCCUGAAUUGCAGAUUUCUCCCCAUCGUGGUUUCGACGAAGAAGUAGCACUCUUGGAUUCAAUUUUUGACGAUGGUAGAGCCUAUUGUUUGGGUUCGGUUAAUCGUGAAUGUUGGUAUUUAUACACAUUGAGCCGUGGCCGUGGGGGAGGAGGAGGAGGAGGAGUAGGUGACAACAGAAUUUCCAGAUGCAUUCAAGAUUCACAUAAUAUGCCCGAUCCAGAUCAAACUAUUGAAAUAUUAAUGACCGAAUUAGAUCCACAAGUAAUGGCAAUAUUUUCUAAGGACGAAUGCUCAAGUGGAAUUGAAGCCACUGAACGAGCCGGAAUACAUAAACUCAUUCCAGGAAUGGUAAUUGACGAUUAUCUCUUUGAUCCGUGUGGUUAUUCCAUGAAUGGUAUAGCCAAAAAUAUUUCCGGAAAUUAUCCUCAAGGUUGCUACAUGACAAUUCAUAUAACACCAGAGCCAGACUUCUCAUACGUUAGCUUUGAAAGUAACGUUGCAUCAUCUAAUUACUCUGAUUUGAUCUCUCGUGUUAUAAAUACAUUCCAGCCUGGAAAAUUUGUUGUGACUAUUUUUGCUAAUAAGUCUUCUCCAGCAUAUACAGCUUUUCGUGAAAUUGAUAACGCUUCGCAUUUGGCCGAAUGGAAACGUCGUGACAUUCAAUAUUGCCGUUUCCCAACUUACGAUUUGACCUAUGCACACUACUGCAAAUUCCCCAGCUGAGGGUUACAGGUUAAACCUUGCCUAGUUGGCGGGGUUAAAACCAACCAUCAUUCUCCCCCAUCGUCGCCAUUAACUUCUACAAUUAAAACAACAACAACUCCAACUCCAAUUUCCACUUCAUCAGUAUUCUCUACACCAUUCUCCACUCCAAAACACUGUGCAAUUCCCCACAAAUUCAGCAAUUUGAUCUUCAGCUCAUCCAUUGCCGAUGAAAGCACAAAAUUAAAACUGCAACAACAUCAGCAUUCAUGCAAUGCUCUAUCAGUUGCUCUUGUUGCAACAUCAACAACAUCUAAAACAUCAUCAAAAUUGAGAAAAUCUCCACCACCACCAUCAAAUAAUCAUCGGAUUGAUUCAUUAAAACGUAUCGACAGCCUACUUAUUGGAACUCUCUUGCUACUACAAAUAUACUCUUGGAUAUUCUACAUAGAUUUGGAUGAAUACUCUCCGUUGGUUCUAUUCUCGUGGUGGCGCAAUAAGAUCUCUUGAAAUUGCCUAAGGCAAUUACAACGUUUGAUCAUCAUUUAAUAAUUAUUGAGUAUUUUAAUUGCAUUGCAAAUGAAGUACUGCAGCACCACAAAAACAAACAAAUACAACAACAACAACAAAAUAUACAACAACAUCAUCAGUUUCGUCUCUUACUCUUACUAUUAUAAAAUAUUUACUCUUAAUAUAAAAACCAAAACAACAACAACAAAAACAAAUUUUAACUUAAAUUUGAAAAAACUAAUUUUCAAAAAUAGUAUUAAUUGUUUUUUAUUAAAAUUAAAUUUUGUUGCAUCUCAAUUGGAUUCGAAUUUAAAAAAAUAUAUGAAAAGAAGAUUCAUAAUUUUGUGGAAUUUAGUUAAAAAUUAUAUAAUUUUGACAAAUUUAAUUUAUAACGGUAAGAGAAUGAGAUAGCGAAAGUCUCCUUGCGCCCGUUAAAUGCGUUUUAUUUAUAGAAUUUUUUUUUUGUUUACUUUUCUUAUUAUUUUUUCAAUUUUUUUUUUUUUAUUAAUUUUUGUUAUAUUUCCUAGUGGUUGGAAAUAUAAGCAUGUAAAAUUAUGUGAAGUUAAUUUUGUAUGAAUUCUUAUUUUUUUGUCAAACUUAUUAUAUAAAAAAAAAAAACAAAAUAAUGUAUACAAAACACAAAUACAAAAAAAAUUGUAAACUAUUGUAUUUUUUUUUUUUUGUUCUCUUAAUAAAAUAUUGAUUUUUUUGAUAGAAUUGUUAAUCUAUCUACACAAACUUUCUUGUUUUUUUUUAUUUUUGUUUUUCCUUUUUUAUUUUCCCAGGGCGCAAGGGAUAUUGAAAAAAUAUAUAAAUGUAAAAAUGGAAUGUAAGUCAAUAGAUUAGAAAAAAAAAAAAAAGAAUUUAUUUAAAACUUUAUUUUUUUUGUGCGUACAGAAAGUUAGAAAUGUGUUUAACACACUUACAUAGAUAAUACAAAAAAGUAAACAAAAAAAAAAAAAUCUAUUGAUGUAAGUUAUUUAAAUGAGUGAAGUAUUGUUUAAAAUUAAGAUUUAUUUAAAUGGCAAACAUCUAUUCAGCUGGCAGAUUGAAUACACACAUGCAUCCUUGAGUAGAAUUUAGGAAAUAUUUACAAUUUAAAAGCAC